AUGCCCUUGAUGCUGCACUACCGCUUCCUGAAUUAUGCUCAGCGUACUCGGGAGGUGGAUGAUGCGGAUGUUUUUAUCAUCCCAGCUUACAACUUCAAGCCAUCCCAUGACCUUCCCUGUGCCAAUAGCAGUGACCUCUUUGACACACUGGCCGAGCUAAAUCCUCGACUGAAGGACCUGUAUCCAUUGCAAAGACACUGCUACGGAAAUGAGAUAGAAGACACUGUCUUGAAUGAAGACAUCAUGCCAUUCAAGUCCCUGCGCGAGGAGGAGCAAUGGGCAAAGGCCAAAGUCGGGAAGGCCAAGAAGGAAGCGUUGCUUGGCGCUUGCGCGCAGGACGGCCCAGAGGGCUGGACCUACAACAAGCCUUUCAUUUGGUAUCAAUUUCCCUAUCCUGCCGUCUACCAUGGUCAUGCCGAGUCCACUCCUGCCAAGCUCCGGGUGAAACUUGGAGGUAUUGACCGUUACUUAUGGUCCUUCAGUGGAACGGGUCGUGGACAAGCCGGCUUCUUGCGUCAAGCCAUCAUGAAGGAGUGCACCAUAUGCAACAGGUGUGGCAAAGUCACUCAAAUCCAGGAAGUGACUGGGGCACCACAGAAGGCCAGCAUGAUGGACUAUGCACGACUCUCCGCGAAGAAACUGCAAUCAACCUUUUGUGUGGAACCGCCUGGUGAUAGCAUCACACGAAAGAGUCUUAUCGACUCCAUUGUGCUGGGCUGCAUUCCGGUGGUGUUUCUUCAUCAGGAAUUGGACAUGUUCGAAGCUUUUGCCACGGCAGAAGAGUUUGCAGAUGCAGUGGUCUACGUACCAGAAGCUGAAGUUAUGGGUGAUGGACGAAUCUCCUUGUGGGGCACAGGCACUUUUCAUGACUCUUCCCAUCAAUGGAAGCACUUCCAGAAACUCUACCCCAAAUAUGCGGAGGUAUUUGAAGCGUUAAGACCCAAGAGGAGCUUGGAACAACGAGAGAAGCAACUGCGGAGCCUCUUCCCGAAUGCCACUUCGAUUGCAACAAUCUUGAGUGCGAUCUCCGAUGAGGAGGUCAAACGCAAGCAGAAGGCCUUGGCAAAGAUCUCCCAUCGCUUUGUCAUUGGUUUGGAUGAUUCCAGCGAAGAUGCCGUUCGAAUCUUGCUCAACCGUAUUAUCUCCGACGACACCGUGGCCCAGGAGCGCAAUGCAAAGAGCACGUUGUUUGCCUAA